GGGGGACAUAACGGCCCCGGCUUCAAGAGAAAUGGAGCUCGGAGACAAAUGUGAUGUGUAUUUUGUCCUCAGUCUUAUCACAGCAAGCGAUGUCUCUGCGCCUCUGCAGCGAGCGCAUGCGGGCACUUGCGUGCGUCAGGGAGGAUGAGUAUUUUGCUUUUACGCACUACAGGGAUUUCUUUACAGCGGGUAAUACAACGAUACUGCGGGUGCGGGAAUAUGCUCUCUCUCGCACAUGGUUACCUGUGUGGUAAUUAACUGAAACGGUGAAAAAUGGAUGGUUUCUUGGGAAAACAACAGGAAUCUGCUGGGAAUGAAGCUGAGAGCGAGCAAGGGGAGGACAGGUCCGCGGCACGCCACCAGACUCACCUGGACACGUGCCCCGUUUGCCACCUUAACUUUCACAGUCGAGAGCCACAACUUCUGCCUUGUCUGCACUCCUUUUGUAAGAAAUGCUUGCCUCCAUCCUCAAGGAACCUGGCCACGACACAGCAGUCCAGCUCGGGGCUGGAGAGCGCGACCAGAACACUCAAUGUGAUCCGCUGCCCGGUGUGCAGACAGGAGUGUAUGGCGGUGGAUGUGAUGGAUAAUGUCUUUGCAAAGGACUCAGCUGAGGCUCCCAGCAGCAGCGUGGAGAGAACAGUCCAGAUUUGUAUGACUUGUGACGACAACGCAGAAGCUGCUGGGUUUUGUGUUGACUGUGCUGAGUACCUGUGUGCCAUCUGCGUGGAGGCCCACCGAAGAGUCAAAUUCACCAAAGACCACAUCAUUAGACAGAUUACAGAGGUCCACGGUGUUUCUGCGCAGACGUCAAUGUUGUGCAACAUCCACAGACAGGAGCCCCUGAAACUCUUCUGUGAGACCUGUGACCUUCUUACAUGUCGCGACUGCCAGCUCAGCGAGCACAAAGACCACAACUACCAAUUCAUUGAGGAUGCUUUCAACAACCACAAACAGCACAUGGAGACCAUGACGCAUCAGCUGCAGGAGAAAAAGAAACAGAUUGAAGACGUAUCAAACUCCAUUAAUAAUGAACUUCUCCUGGUUGAGAAGAACUGCUCAUCUGUUCAUAAUGAAAUUGAGAAGUCCAUCUGCAGUGCAAUUCUUGAGAUAAAGAAGAAUGGGAAAGUCCUGUUUAAUCAGCUCGAGACUGUAGCAAAGGAUCACGAGAGAGUCUUGAGAAAACAGCAGGAGGACACUGGAUAUCUAUCCAGACACCUGGAUUAUGUUAUCAGCUUCAUCAAGUGGGCGGCUGCCAGGGACGGAGGCAUGGCGCUGCUACACUGUAAACGUUUGAUUUUUUUUCAGAUUAAAAACCUCCUGCAAGCCAAGCCAAAAAUUAUGGUACAAAGUGCCGUACGCUUCCAGUGUCGAGGCUCGUACUGGGCCUCGGAUGUCGAUCUGGGCUCGUUAGUGGUGGAGAGUGUACCAGGCCACCGGCUGGGGGGGUUUCCAGGUAUGCCUCCUCAGCUCAGUAUCCCAGGUCAGGACUCCUCAGAGUCACGCUGCAGCUUUGUCCUGGAAGCUCCUCGUAACACCCUGGCUCAGCUCCAGAUGCAGGUGGACAGCCUAAACUCCCAGACUCACCGGCAGCCCCAGUCACCCCCUCCACCGUGGACGUGGUAUCAGAGUGUCCCACUGCAGCCAACGGUCCCAGGAGCCCGGCAGGGACCCUUUUCCUGUCACAGGUCCAUGGUGCCUCCAUCCAGUCAUGUCAGCUCAACCAGCAGCUUACCCAACCCAGGAUUGUAUCCUCAACAUCUCGUGAAAAGGGUGGCCAGCAGUUUCAGCCAACAAACCACAUCUUCAGACGUAUCUUCCUCCUCGUCUUUGUGCACCCCCUUUCUGCCCGUGAGUCGUGGUGUCGGAUUGCCUCAGGCACUGCAGAUGAAUGAGUUCACAUGCAUGAACAAGAAGAAUAGUUCAGAUGAUUCAGUAUGCACGGUGAGACCAAUCUAUCCUCUGGGCCACCAGCCUUCUCCACCAAGUCGAAGAGUGCAAGCACGGCAGAAUCCACCGGAAUAUGCUUUUGUACCCAGGGAGGAAAAACCGGGGACGUCUUCCUGGAAUUCUUCCGAAAUGCAUCAUGAUAGCGGAACAGUGAGGUCUGUGGUCAAGAAGAGGCGGAGGUCAUCUCCAGAACCCAUCCUUGUCAUAAAAGACGAGCCAGUUGAUGGCAGAAGUUAUAUAAGUGAACAGUAAAUCAUAUUUAUACUGUAGUUCAAUCAGCCCUCCACACAUACAGUUCAUCCCCAUGCCAAAUGUAGAUAUGUUUUUUCUUUUAGCAAUAGGUUUCUUAGCUCCAAUCCAACCUGUUAACAAAAAACUGAAAGUGUUAAAAAUCCUAGUCAGAUAUUUGUACAGUAUUUGCAAAACAUUUUUUGUAACUUUUUAAAAUAGAUAAUAAAGAAAUAAAUGUGAUUGGUCAUUGGUCAUCAAUAUGGUAUAAUAAGUCAUGGAAAAUUAAUAAGAAGUCUAUCAUGUGGGAAAAUUGGGUGAGAGCAGGAGUAAUGCUAAUGGAAGACCUGUUCGAUGGGAAACUCCCUUUGAACAGCUGGUGUCGAAAUAUGACAUACCU